UGACCAUAAAUAAGUAACCCCACCCCUUUACGUGCACACACGCAAAGAUAAAAGGCCCACAAUCAUAACAACCAAAAGCCCCCUUCUCCAAUCCCCAUCUCUUCUCAGUUCUCAGCGGCCAUUUUGAACAAGGAGGCAGCAAAACACAGCAGCUUUUGCUAAGCCUAUCCCUCCUUAGUCUUUUACAAGCGAUGAGAGUUCCCGUUCCCUCAUCCCCACAGCCCAACCCAAAACCCAGUAACGCACUCCGUACCAUUGCCCUGAACAACCCAGGCCUCUGCUACGAGCCCACUUCUGUCCUCGACCUGUGCCGCAGCCCCAGCCCGGGCAGCGUCCCUGAAAAACCCACGGAUCACUCCGUUGUCGUAACUAACUCCCAAGACUGUCUAGACCUGGACGACCAUGCGUUGCAUAACUUGGAUUGGGAUUCCAUCAUGAAGGAUUUGGGCUUGCACGACGACACGGGCACCCCCGUUUUGAAGACUAUUCUUCACCCCAACAACGACUUCACACCCUUUGACCACGCCGAAUUAACCGACAUCUACUCCACCCAAAACGUACCUUACAACUACCCCGCUCUCGACCAUUUGGUUCAAGACUUUAGCCACCACCCCAACGGUUUCGAUUUCAUUGAAGAGCUCAUACGCGCCGCCGAUUGCUUCGACACCAACCAGCUACACGUGGCGCAAGUGAUAUUGGAGCGGCUCAAUCAACGGCUACGAUCCCCCGUGGGAAAACCCCUCCACCGCGCAGCGUUUUACUUCAAAGACGCACUCCACUCUCUUCUCUCCGGUUCGAACCGGACGCCGAGGCUUUCUUCGUUGGUGGAAAUUGUGCACGGUAUCAGAACCUUCAAGGCCUUCUCUGGAAUCUCUCCGAUUCCAAUGUUCUCCAUCUUCACCACCAAUCAAGCACUCCUCGAUCAUGCCGCAUCUUCCUUCAUGCACGUCAUCGACUUCGAUAUUGGCCUUGGCAUUCAAUACGCUUCUCUCAUGAAGGAGAUUGCGGAAAAGGCGGAAUCGCCUUUUCUGCGAAUUACCGCCGUUGUUCCUGAAGAGUUCGCCGUGGAGAGCACGCUCGUCCGCGACAACCUCACGCAGUUCGCUCUCGAACUCAGGAUCCGAGUCCAGGUUGAGUUCGUGCUGCUUCGAACCUUCGAGACGCUCUCCUUCAAGGCCGUCAAGUUCGUCGACGGCGAGAAGACUGCAGUACUCUUGUCGCCGGCGAUAUUUCGCCGCCUCGUUUCUGCCGGCAACGCAGCCGCUUUUCUGGCGGAUGUGCGGAGGGUCUCGCCCAGCGUGGUGGUCUUCGUGGACGGGGAAGGGUGGUCGGAGGCGGCGGCGGCGUCUUCGUUCCGGCGCGGCGUGAUGAGUAGCCUGGAGUUCUACUCGAUGAUGCUGGAGUCUCUGGAUGCAUCGACGGUGGGGGGAGGAGGUGAGUGGGUGAGGAGGAUAGAGAUGUUGCAGAUGCGCCCGAAGAUUUUGGCGGCGGUGGAGAGCGCGGGUCGGAGGAUGCCGCCGUGGAGGGAGGCGUUUUACGGGGCGGGAAUGAGGCCGGUUCAGUUGAGCCAGUUCGCCGAUUUUCAAGCGGAGUGCUUGUUAGCUAAGUCACAAAUCAGAGGGUUCCAGGUGGCGAAGCGCCAGAACGAACUGGUGCUAUUCUGGCAUGACCGGGCCAUGGUUGCCACGUCAGCUUGGCGAUGCUAGAACAGGGAAAAUUAUGAUUGGGGGAGGGGAUUAUGUAAUAUUAAACUACCUAAUUAGUACUAUAAUGAUAGUGUUGUUAUUAGGUUCCAACUUCCAAAUUCCAAUUUCCAAUUUCCAAUUUCUGAGUCCAAGGUAGUGGUUUAUAUUAUUGUCAUGAUGGAAAGUCUAGGUAUCUGGCAAAAGAAAGAUAAACCUGUAUUUAUUCUGGACCAUUUUGUUUUCUUGUGAGAAAAGGGUGGGGUUGGGGAAUGGGGGUUGUUUGUCUUUCUUUGUUGGAGCCUCUUGUUAUCCUAAUGAACUUUGCUGGUUUUCCAAUCAAAGGGUUUG